AUGACUUUAUACAACAGUCACGGCACAGAAAAUUUACAAGUAUGGACUUACAACAUAAUAAAAAUCAAAAUGUCUUCGAAACAACCACCUCCUCCAACUCCCCAAAGGACUUUCUCUUUACUGCCAAAGGCCAUAAAUGGUGGCAUCGCGGGAAUUGUAGGCGUGUCAGUUGUGUUUCCGCUUGACUUGGUAAAGACCAGAUUACAGAACCAAGUAGCUGGUCCAAAUGGCGAAAAGAUGUAUUCAAGCAUGUUGGACUGCUUCAAGAAGACAUAUGCGGCAGAGGGCUACUUUGGAAUGUACCGAGGUUCUGCUGUCAACAUUGUGCUUGUGUCACCGGAGAAGGCUAUUAAACUAAGUGCCAACGACAUGUUUCGAUUCUAUUUGACACUGCCAGACGGGUCUCUACCAAUUGUUCGUCAGAUGUUAGCCGGUGGUUUAGCAGGUGCAUUACAGACCGUUAUCACUACACCCAUGGAGUUGCUCAAGAUUCAAAUGCAGGAUCAAGGGAGAAUCACCGCUCAGGCUAAAACUGGUGGAGCGCCAGUUAAGAAAUUGACAGCUGUGGAUCUGACUAAGAAUCUAAUAGCCGAAAGGGGCAUUUUUGGAUUGUACAAAGGUGUCUUGGCAUGUAUUGUACGUGAAGUCCCGUUCGGUAUUAUUUACUUCCCAAUGUUCGCUACACUCGCAGACCUUGGUGUCCAAGAGAAUGAAGGACAAGCACCGUUAUGGUGGAUGUUCGUGUCGGGUUGCAGCGCCGGUUCCACAGCAGCGUGGUGUGUUACCCCGUUUGACGUAGUUAAGACUCGCAUGCAAACUCUCACCAAAGGCACCGGAGAAGUUCAUCACAAUUCCAUGUUAGAAUGUCUCACGUCAAUAUGGAAGAAUGAGGGUAUUACAGCACUGUUCAAGGGAGGUGCAUGCCGUAUGAUGGUUAUUGCUCCACUGUUGGGCAUAGCGCAAAGUGUUUACUACUUAGGCGUCGCCGAAACCUUAUUCGAUCUGUAA